UGAUUAUUUGCUCUCGAAUUUUAGUUAUUUGUUGAAUAAUCAAUCAACUUAUCAUGAAUACAUCAAAUUAGUUUUUUUUGGGGAUUUUUUCUUUUUUUAUGGAUAAUCAUGUAUCUGUCUGCUAGUUUAACCGACUAAUUCUCCAUUACCAUAAGUUGUCCAAAUCAUCUUGUGUUUUGAUACCGUUGGAAUUUGAACCUUAACUAUGGUGAUUUUCAACCCACUUUAUUGAUUAACUGGCCAGAAAUGGUGUGGUAAUAUCACCGGAAGGUUAAUUCCUGAUUCUUUUUGAACUGGAGAAAUCACGAGUACUUGGGGGAUAAUGGACUUGCUCCUCUAUGAUUCUCCACUUAAAUAUUAGGUUAGGGUUUGAACUCUAUUGCAUGUGAGAAUUAGGGGUGGAUAUUGGUAAAACGAUCACAAGUAACUAAUUAGGACAUGUUACAAAAGAAUUGGAUUAGUAAUAUUUGGUUAUACGUCUUUUAACAAAGGCAAUCAGGAAACAAUUUAAACAUUUGGUUUCCACAUGUAUUAAUUGUUAAUGGCCUGGAUGAACCUUUUUUUCAAACAGAAAUGUGGAUCUUAAUCUUGCAUUACUCCGAUCCCCUGGAUGUUCUUGCUCCUGUUUUUAUUUCUUAAGGUGUUAUUAACUCAUUGUGCUUGCUCUUCUAAGUCUCUUUUAUCUACUAAGCUUCAUCAUUGUAUACAGUAUAUAGUAGUACUAUCUUUGGAAGUUAUAACGAUGUGACCGCUUCUUCCUCAAGCUCAAACAUUGAGGAACCUUGGCUAAUGCAAGGAGGAAAAUCCAUAUAUAAGUUUUCAAUAGAUUAGAUGGCCGGAAUAUCGAGAAGAGUAAUGAAACCUUUGUAGGAGUUAAUGGGCUAGCUUUUUCGAUACUAGUGGUUUUUAAGUUCGCUGUCAUCCUAUCCUUCCGUGGUGGAGCCAUGUUUAUUGAAGGGGGUUCAACUGAAUACCAUUUUGCCAAAAUAUUGUAUUGUGUAUGUAGGUUAAAUAUUAUUUUAUGUGUACAUAUAUACUUGUUGAAUCCCCUGCACACAGGAGAACAUUUUUUUGAAUCCGUCAAUGAAAAUCUUGCCUUCACCACUAUUGUCUUCAAAUCUAUGUUCUUUUGUGGCGCUCAAUCAUGUAUCAUUAUUUUCUCUCUAUGAUAUUGGUUAAUGAUAAAAAAUUUAUGCAGUUGCAGAUGUUGAACCACUAGUAUUUGGAUAUUGCCUUUAGCCCUGAUUUUAAUUUUCAGAGUUGUUGACAAACUUGUUUUGUUAGACCAUGAGGAAUGCUUCGACAUCUGGUGUAGAUACAAUUGGCAAUUUGCCAUGUAGUGUACUGGAUGCAAUUCUAAGGUGCUUGCCUUGGAGAGAUGCAGUGAAGACCAGUAUCUUGUCAAAAGACUGGAGGUACAAAUGGGUAACACGUCAAGAACUUGAUUUUAAUGAUGAGUUUUUCAAGUCUUUCAAACAAGACAAAGAAGCCAAGAGAAUUAUUUACCAAGUCCUGUUAGUCCAUAAAGGACCAAUACUGAAGUUUAGACUCCGUAAUUUUACGAGUUGUCCUGAUAUUGAUCAUUGGAUGCACUUCUUGUCGAAGAAAAAUGUCCAGGAGUUCACCCUUCAUGUACGCUUAGGAAACAAAUAUCAUUCACCUCAUCAUCUUUUUACAUUCCAGCAACUAAGGUAUUUGGAACUUCAAGAUUGUUUGUUCCACCCUCCACUCGGUUUUAAAGGGUUUAAGAAGCUUAUUAAUCUCGAUCUUAUGCAUGUCACUUUUGAUCCAUCAAUAUUAACAAAUCUCAUCUCUAAAAGCCCGUUGCUUGAACGGUUGAGGUUGCGUACCAUCACAAACUUUGACAUCCUUGAAAUUGAUGCUGCUAAUCUCAAAUUCUUUGAGUUUAUUGGAAAAACAAAAUCCAUUUCCUUCAAGAAUGCUCCUAUGCUUGAAAAAGUUACUGUGGGUUUCCUUGGACGACGACUUUUGACGGAUACAUCUCCUGUUUGCUCUAAUUUCCCAAAGUUCUUCCAUUACAUUCCUUCACUGCUGGAACUGGAUAUAUGCGGUACAACAUUAGAGUACUUGAUCAAGGGAGGUUUACCAGUGAGUCCCCCAACUGCUCUGAACAAUAUCAAAUCUAUCACUAUUUUGUCCAUGUCUUUAAUAAACUCCGAGGUGGUUGCAAGUGCAGUUUACUUGAUUACAAGCUGUCCUAAAUUACAAGAUCUUACAAUUGAUUUUUACCCUGUGGGGAUAUUGUUGAACCUGCUGUACAGUUGCUACGAGCCCAAUCAUCCUCAUAUGGUGUUUGUGUAAGCUUCAAAGAGUUCGAGUGAACAUGUUUACUGGUCUCAAAAUGGAAAUGGAGUUUAUGAAGUUUUAUAUUGGCAUCUGCACCUGUACUUGAGGAGGUCUCCAUUUGGAAUUUUACACGUUACCUUUUUCGUUCGUGUAAACAAAUGAUCGAUGGGAUGAAAGAAUUCGGCAGAGCAUCACCCAAUGUUGAAUUCACAUUUGAAGAAAUCGAUAUGGAAGGUGGAUAUGAACAUGAAGAAGUCAUGGAAGUGCCAUGAUUUUGCUAACAUAUUAUUGUUUUGUAGCAUUUAGUUUGCCUGUUACGCACGCCCUGUCUGUCUAAUAUUAUGUAGUAUAUAUGUGCUUGGCUAAGUUAGUUCUAACUGUUUCAAGAACUAUGACUCUACUUGUAAUGGUCACUGUAUUAUUAUGUUAUUCCCA